AUGGGGGCGCCGCGCCGGGUCCGCCUGAUGGUGCUGCCGCGGGUGCUCUGGGGCUCCGUCCCCCUCAUCCUGCUGCUGCUGCUGCCCGCGGCCGAACCCAUCUGCCCCGAGCCAUGCGACUGCCAGCAGCACCAGCACCUCCUCUGCACCAACCGGGGCCUGCGCUCCGUGCCCAAGACUGCCGAGCCGCAGGAUAUCCUCACCUACAGCCUCGGGGGCAACUUCAUCGCCAACAUCUCCGCCUUCGACUUCCACCGCCUGGCGGGGCUCCAGCGCCUGGACCUGCAGUACAACCGGAUCCGCUCGCUGCACCCCAAGGCCUUUGAGCGCCUGGAGCGGCUGGAGGAGCUCUACUUGGGCAACAACCUGCUGCCAGCGCUGGCCCCUGGCACGCUCAGCACCCUGGCUAAGCUGCGCAUCCUCUACGUGAACGCCAACGAGAUCGGCCGCCUCAGCGCUGCCUCCUUCUCUGGCCUCGACAGCCUCGUCAAGCUGCGACUCGAUGGCAAUGAGCUGGGCUCGCUGGGCGAUUCCACUUUCUCAGGGCUGCCAAACUUACUCUAUCUGCACCUGGAGUCCAACCGCAUCCGCUGGCUGAGUCGCGGUGCCUUCACUGGCCUGGCCAAGUUGCGCUUCCUCGACCUCUCAGGGAACCAGCAGAGCUCCCUUCGCCACUCAGACAUCUUUGGGCCGCUGCGCUCCCUUCACACCCUGCUGCUGGCCAGCAACAGCCUGCGGCAGCUGACAGGGGGGCUCUUCCAGCACCUGCCCGGCUUGGCAAAGCUCUCACUCAGUGGCAACCGACUCUCUCACCUGGCCCCGGAUGCUUUCAGGGGGCUGGGCUCGCUGAAGGAGCUGCGCCUGGAGGGGAACCUGCUGAGCCACCUACCUGCCACCCUACUGGAGCCGCUGGACAGCCUGGAGGCACUGGAUCUGAGCCGCAAUGCACUGACCGCCCUGCACCCGGCUGCCUUCCGCCGCCUCGGCCGCUUGCGGGAGCUCAGCCUGCGGGACAACGCACUGGCCACACUCCCUGGAGAGCUCUUCGCCUCUAGCCUGGCUCUCUACCGCCUGGAGCUGGAGGGCAAUGCCUGGAGCUGCGACUGCCGUCUUCGCGGCCUCAAGCGCUGGCUGGCGGCCUGGCACUCCCAGGGCCGCCUGCUCACCGUCUUCGUGCAGUGCCGCCUGCCACCCGCCCUGGCCGGCAAGUACCUCGACUACCUGCAGGAUGCCCAGCUGCCGCUGCCGCAGGACGGCGGCCCCUGCCCCGAUGGCGCCUCUCCCUCCCCGCCAUCCCCCGAGGGACUUGGUGGCAACAACAGUGCAGCGGGGCUGCCCCCAGGGCCACCGCCGGCCGCCUCCACCGCCCGCCUGACGAUGGGGCUGCCCAUGGCCGCCAGCCCCACGCCGGCACCGCUGCCCAGUGCGGCAGCGUGGCCCCGGCGGGCCGCUGCCGCCGGGAUCCCGCCGCUGGUGUCCGACCCGUGCGACUUCAACAAGCUGUUCCUGCACAACCUGUCGGUGGAGGCGGUGGGCUCCAGCUGGGUGACGGUGCGCUGGGCCGUGCGGCCGCACCGCAGCCCCCGCCUGCUGGGGCCGGCGCGAUUCCGCCUCCUCUUCGACCGUUUCGGCGCCGCCGUCAAGUUCCAGCGCUUCGUGUACCUGCCGGAGCGCGGGGAGCCGGCGGCCACGCUGCGGGAGCUCCGCCCGGACACCCCCUACCUCGUCUGCGUCGAGGGCGUCCUGGGCGGCCGCGUGUGCCCGGUGGCGCCGCGGGACCACUGCGCCGGCCUGGUCACCCUGCCCGAGGGCGGCACCGCGGCGGCGGCGGGCGGGCCCCGCGGCCCCGACCAGCAGCUGCUCACGCUGGUGCUGCUGGCGGUGAACGCGCUGCUGUUGCUGGCGGCUCUGGCCGCCUGGGCCGCCCGCCUGCUGCGCAAGAAAGUGCUGGGCCGUCGGCGUCGGAAGGCGGCCCCGGUCCACGUGCGGCAGCUCUACUCCACACGCCGCCCGCUCCGCUCCAUGGGCACCGGAGUCUCCGCCGACUUCUCGGGCUUCCAGUCCCACCGGCCGCCCCGCGGCGCCGCCGCCUGCGCCCUCAGUGAGGCCGACCUCAUCGAGUUCCCCUGCGAGCGCUUCAUGGACAGUGGCGGUGGCCGGCACGGGGACGAGCACCUGCUGCAGCGCUUCGCCGACUGA